AUGAAAUUUUAUCUUUCAGCUACCCUUCACCUCAAGCAAUCUAAGGUGAUUAUUUGUGGCUAUCGACUCAAGCAAAACUUGAAGAAACCAGCCAAAUUCGCAACUAAUGGCCCUUUGCGGCACACCUCUAUUCUUCGUACUGGCAGGAAUACUUUGAAACGAUUUUUCUCUCCGCAUCAGCGUUCUUCUUUUCCGCGCAACAGAUCUAUCGGAUCUGUCUCGAUUACUAAAAAAGCCACACUUUCAUCCACAUCGCCACCUCUGCCUGCCGAAACUAACGAAGCACUUAUCGUACGAGCUUCGGUAACCAGAACCUCACGUCAGGUGACCAAUUUGUCUUCUACACCUGUCACCAACAGUACUAAUCUGGGUUGCCUUCGGGAGGAAGCAGAGCUUAUUUCUGCCGAUAAUUUAGUCUUUAUCCUAGCCAAUCAUAUUUUAUCUGUCGAUCUGGUUCAUCAGUUAUCUGGCGUCCGCCGAGCUGCUCUCCAUUCAGAUGGACAGACUGAUAGACGCAUGCUAGACGAUUCUUUGGCCUUUGCGACCUCGAAAGAGGUGGAAAAUGCAGCCGAUUCUUUAUCGUCGCAAUCGUCUAUUCCAGUCAGGCGACUCAGAGUAAACGAACAAAAAGGGUCAGAAGCGACACCUAUAACUCGUAAAAUGUUCAUUCAUCUCAGUCAGAAGUUUCGAAACUCGUGA